AUGAGAACCAAUCAUAUUCCUUGGUCCGAUCUAGCUGAGCAACUGUUUGCCAAAAACACUUUCACAAACGGCUACACUGCCUCAAGACCUGGAGAAGUCCUCCCACAAGUUCCCCAAGCCAAAGGAUUGUCAAUCGAACAGUCGCCGGCUUCGAUCAAUCAUCAAAAGUCAAAAAAUUGUCCCAAGAAGGAAUAUACAUCGUCUGAAAAUGAUGUUACUCAAACCAUCACUCGCACACCAGCCUCCCAGCGCGCCAGAUUCUCCAAGAAAGAAAAACUGCUCAAGAUCCUCCAAAUCAUUGUCAAGGAAUCUUAG